AGGUCAGUCACUCAUGAAAUUACAGACUAAUUUUCUGUGUCAGCUGAGAUACCUUUGUCGCUCCUCUGACGUUUUCGUGCCAAAGGUAUAUUAUUAACGCCACACCUAGAUGGUUUAUGGAAUAGUACGCACUGCUACAAACUAAAUCAGUACCGAGAAGACUACUUCCAGCGAUGUUAGCUACACCACACGUCUUAGUAUAAUGUUGAAAUCUUCCGAAUGGAGAACCGCCGUUGUAGUGGUCCUUACCAUGGCCCUACUGUCCUCUAGGCAAGGAGGGGUGGUUCAGGCACAAGGAAAUACUACACAAGCUACAACGAUCCCUACAACAAAACAUCCUACAACGCAAGUUACAACUAUCCCAACGACGCACAGCCCCACAACCCACUUCACCACGAUGAUCACAACGAAGAAGACAACGAUACCAACAACGCAUGACCCAACAACCCACUUCACCACGAUGACCACAACAAAGGAGACAACGAUACCAACAACGCAUAAACCCACAACCCAGUUCACCACAAUGAUCACAACGGUUGUACCAACAACGCAAGUAACCACAGAGAAGACAACAAUGCCAACAACUCAGCCGACCACAGAGAAGACAACGCUACCAACAACACAGCCGACCACAGAGAAGACAACGCUACCAACAACACAGCCGACCACAGAGAAGACAACGCUACCAACAACACAGCAGACCACGGAGAUGACAACGAUACCAACAACGCAUGACCCUACAACCCACUUCACCACGGUUGUACCAACAACGCAGGUAACCACAGAGAAGACAACGAUGCCAACAACUCAGCCGACCACAGAGAAGACAACAAUACCAACAACGCAGCAGACCACAGAGAAGACAACGAUACCAACAACGCAUGACCCUACAACCCACUUCACCACGGUUGUACCAACAACGCAGGUAACCACAGAGAAGACAACCAUACCGACAACUCAACAGACAACGAGGAAGACAACAAUACCAACAACACAGGAGACUACGGAGAAGACAACAAUGCCAACAACUCAGCAGACCACCGGAAUGACAACGGCACCAACAACACAGCAGACCACGGAAAUGACAACGGCACCAACAACUCAGCAGACCACGGAAAUGACAACGGCACCAACAACUCAGCAGACCACGGAAAUGACAACGGCACCAACAACUCAGCAGACCACGGAAAUGACAACGGCACCAACAACACAGCAGACUACGGAGAAGACAACAAUACAAACAACACGACAGACCACGGAGAAGACAACAAUACCAACCACGUCUUCACCAACAACACAGAUAACCACGGACGAGACAACAAUACCAACAACGCAGCAGACCACAGAGAAGACAACAAUACCUACAACACAGCAGACCACACAGAAGACAACAAUCCCGACAACACAACGGACCACGAAAAAGACAACGAAAUUAACAACGGAAAAGACAACGAUACCAACAACUCAGCAGACUACAGAGAAGACAACAAUACCAACAACACAGCAGACUACAGAAAAGUUCACAACGGUUCAACCAACGACUCAUGUUACAACAGAAUCAGCAACAACACAGUUAACUACGGAGAAGACCACACAGCCGACCACUGAGAGAACUACUGAAGAAACAACUCGUGCCAACAACUGCAGAGACGACACAAGAGACGACACUACAGACGACACAAGAGACAACACGAGGGACGACACAAGAGACGACACUACAGACGACACGAGAGACAACACGAGGGACGACACAAGAGACGACACUACAGACGACACGAGAGACAACACGAGGGACGACACAAGAGACGACAUCUAUCGGCACUACUGA